AAGAACUCCAGCCUAUCCUCUCUAAACAGAGAAGGCAAUGGUCCUGGUGGAGAGUCCUGCUUUGAGAGGGAGACUUUUACCCUGCACUAAAGCCAGAGACACACUCCUAGCUGAAAUGAAACAGAGACCUCAGGCGCUCGCUGUGGAUUAAAACAGAAACUUUCAACGAUGGCUCUGAAGGUGAUAAAGUAGCAGGAGAAGCAGCCACGCUCGCCGCCGCCGCCGCCGCCAACGGACCUUCUACUGCAAAGCAACUCCUGCUAGAUGCACGGACACUGCUGAGGAAAAAAUAUGCUCCAGCCGAGCCGCCUCAACCCCGGCUACAGUGGCACGUUCACCGCGUUGUAACCAGUUCCGUGAGACACUCGCCGGCUUGUGUUUGUCCUGUUUGUGUUUGUCACUGCCUCUUACCUGUGAAGUCCGCCGUUCAAGUCCCAGACCUACCUGCGAGGAGACAAGAGACAGUAUGGCAGGGAAGCUGACAGCAGCGCAGGGAACAGGAAUACUGCUGGUGACAGCCAACGUUGGAUCUCUGUUCGAGGAUCCUGAAAACCUACAGAAAGCAUGGCUGAGGGAGUUUUACCAGACAGUACAGUCACAUAAGCCUCACUUCUUGGCAGUGCACUGUCAGGAGGUGGGCGGGAAGAACUAUGAGGAGUCCAUGUCACACGUGGAUAGUUUUGUCAAGGAGCUUUUGUCCAGCGAUGCAAUGAAGGAGUACAGCAGAGCUCGUAUCUACCUCGAUGAGAACUACAAAUCCCAGGAGCAUUUCACAGCUCUCGGAAGUUUCUACUUUAUCCACGAGUCUUUGAAAAACAUCCACCAGUUUGAUUUCAAAGCCAAGAAAUUCAAGAAAGUGGUGGGGAAGGAAACCUGUUCAGAGACACUAGAGAGCACGCCGACACUGGAGAAGGAGAAGUUUCCACAGGAUUACUUUCCUGAGUGUAAGUGGUCCAGAAAGGGAUUCAUCAGAACUCGAUGGGCCCUGGCUGACUGUGCCUUUGAUCUGGUCAACAUUCACCUUUUCCAUGAUGCGUCCAACCUGGUGGCCUGGGAGAAAAGUCCCUCAGUCUACUCUGGGACCAGGCAGAAGGCACUGGGAUAUGUUUUAGACAGGAUCACAGACCAGCGGUAUGAGAGGUUGCCAUAUUUUGUCUUUGGGGACUUUAACUUCAGGUUGGACUCCAAGCAGGUUAUUGAGAGUCUGUGCUCCACUGCCACCAUGCAGACGGUCCGAGCCGCUGACACCAACGAAGUCGACAAGCUAAUAUUCCGAGAAAGUGAUAACGACCGGAAGGUUGUUCUGCAGCUUGAAAAGAAGCUUUUUAAUUAUGUCAACCAGGACGUUUUCCGGGAAAACAAUGGGACCUCACUUUUAGAGUUUGACAAAGAGCUGUCGGUGUUCAAGGAUCGGCUGCAUGAACUGGAGAUUUCAUUCCCGCCCAGUUAUCCAUACAGUGAAGACAGCAGUCAGGGGAAGCAGUACAUGAACACCAGAUGCCCUGCCUGGUGUGACCGAAUCCUAAUGUCUCCCUCUGCCAGAGACCUGGUCCUAAAGCCUGAAAACGAAGAGAAGUCUGUAGUCUAUGAUAACAUUGGGCCCAAUGUCUGCAUGGGGGACCACAAGCCUGUCUUCCUGUCCUUCCGAAUAACAGCGGGGGCAGGUAAACCUAAUGCAAAUAAGCACAAGUGUUGUGUGGUGCAGUGAUAUCGUGGAAAGUGUUGCCAAAAGGGGGAGAACAUAUUUCGUGAAGCACCUCAGUGAGAACACCAGAGAAACAAAACAGGAUACACACACACUCGCAUAGUAACACACACACACACACACACACAGAGAAACACGCACACACACUUUGCACAAUCGUACACUGAAGAACGUAGACAAACUUUUUUCAGCAGUGCUGACCGGUUGCAGUUGUCCUGACACCUCAUUCAUACAAACACGGAAAGCGGAGCCUCCCUCUCUCUCUCUCUCUCUCUCUCUCUCUCUCUCUCUCUCUCUCUCUCUCUCUCUCUCUCUCUCUCUCCCUCUCCAUAAAACACUCGCUGAGAUGUGGACGAGCACCGAAGGCUCCGGGACUCCAGUCAAAGACACACACAUCGUUGACCUCACCGUUGCCAUGCAACCCCCAUUCCCUAGAGAAGAAAAAGCAGGACACACGGACGGACGGACAGAUGACUCGCUCUUUUCCACGCCACAGCCUCGUUGCCAAAACUCUAAUUCAAAUCAGUCCUACUACAUCCUUUUAGACACCAUAUACUACUUGCCUUUUUUUUUUUUGGUAUGCCUCUAUGUAUAGAGGAUACUUUUCCAUACAGUAUGUAAGGUGUUUUGAAACAAAAAAAAGACAUAUAUAUAUAUAUAUAUAUAUAUACAUAUAUAUAUGAAAAGUGCAAUGCAAAAAAAGUUGUAUAUCUAUAUUGUUAGGUUUAUUUGUAUAGUAUAUAACAUAGAGUUGUUGAUGGUUGUAGUGCCGUUCUCUUUUUCUGACCAAACUUCGUGGUCCCUUUGUUGGAAUAGACUUUUUUUUUUUGUUUCAUUUUAUUUCAACAAUUUAUAUACAUACAUAUAUAUUAUUAUUUGAUUUGAUUUUUUGUUGUUGUUGUGUGCACAACACACUGCCAUGCCUGACACAUCCGUUGAGUCUCAUUUUAUAUACUGUACUUUUUAAAAAGAGAUAAUUUAUGAUUCUUACCAAAAUGUUUGUGCGCGUGCACCGACCGAGCAGCGGCGACGCGGUGACUCUGUGACUCGUCAGUGCAAGAGGAGAGGAAACGUGGGGCGCGGGGGUGGGGGGGGGACUCUUCAGUGACUUGUUGCCUAUCCAGGAAUGUUUUAAGCAGUGCCAUAGACCAUGCAAGUAUAUAAGAUAAUAUUUCAUACAGCACUCUCACCUUAUUAUUCUUACUCUAACUUAUUUCUAUAAUAUUAUGAUUCUGAAUGUGAUAUUUAGAUAGGCUUGGGUAUCCUUAAAAAAAAAAUGUAAACUUUAUUUGUCUAUUUUUGUUACUGCAUUACAGUGCCAAGUAUUCUACACAGAGUUGACGUGUGUCAGAGUUAAGUCAGACGGUAAAGGUGUUGAUUAUCAAAUGUAAGAAACAAAACAAAGCAGCAACAAAAAAAAAGGCAGGGAAGCUCUAAAAUGUUGGGGGGGCAGCAAGUUUUUAUUUGUUUUGUAUGUAGCCUUCACUGCAGAUAAUUGAUGCAUUACGGG